UGAGAGAGAGAGAGAAACAGAGAGCCGUGUUUGAUUUCACUUUCACUUUUCAGAGCUGACUCACCCGGGCGUGAAACAUACGGACAAACACACAAAAAUAUACACAGAAUUACAAAAAAAAACCUAUCAAAACACACCCAGAAUGGCUUUCACAUACCCUGAAGUACGGAGGGAUGACAGUAAGGUGGAUGAUUAUCAUGGAGUAAAGAUCUCCGAUCCAUACCACUGGCUGGAGGACCCUGACAGUGAGGAGACUAAGAUGUUUGUUGAACAGCAGAAUAAGUUGACCAUGCCAUUCCUGGAGCAGUGUGCGGUCAAAGAGCAGUUUCACCAGCGCCUCACAGAGCUCUACAACUACCCCAAAUACAGCUGUCCUUACAAGAGAGGAAAGAGAUAUUUCUAUUUCCAUAACGAGGGUCUGCAGAACCAGGAUGCGCUCUAUGUGCAGGACUCGUUAAACAGUCCCGCGUCUGUGUUCUUUGACCCAAACACUCUCUCAGAGGAUGGAACUGUGGCUCUCAAAAGUGAGUUUGAUUGCUACCCUCGACAGGACGGCAAAGCUGAUGGCACUGAGACCACAACAAACCUAAACCAGAAGCUUUACUACCAUCUUAUUGGCACAAGCCAAUCAGAAGACAUCCUGGUGGCAGAAUUUCCUGACAACCCAAAAUGGCACAGUAGCCUUACUGUCUCUGAUGAUGGCAGGUAUGCAGUGCUGUCCAUCACCGAGGGUUGUGAGCCAGUCAACCGUCUGUGGUACUGCGACCUGCAGCAGCUGCCCAAUGGCAUCACAGGUUUGCUGCCAUGGGUGAAGCUGGUUGACACAUUUGAAGCGCAGUACACAUACAUCACCAACGAGGGCACCGUCUUCACAUUACGCACCAAUCUGGAUGCUCCUCGUUACCGCCUCAUCACCAUAGACCUGCAGAAACCAGAGCAGACACACUGGAAAACCCUCAUCCCCCAACACGAGAAGGACGUUCUUGGCUUCGUGGAGUGUGUGAACCAGCGCUAUCUGCUGGUGAAUUAUGUGCAUGACGUGAAGGACAUCUUACAGCUGUAUGAACUGCAAUCAGGGAAACUGAUUAGAGACCUGCCGCUAGAUGUGGGCACUGUAGUUGGCCUCAGCUGCAAGAAGAAGCACCCUGACUUCUUCUACAAGUUCACUUCAUUUACUACACCAGGCAUAAUCUACCACUGUGACCUGAGUCAACCCGACCCAGAGCCCACGAUCUUCAGGCAGGUGGAAGUAAAGGGCAUCAACCCGAGUGACUACCAGACAACUCAGGUGUUUUACCCCAGUAAAGAUGGCACAAAGAUCCCAAUGUUCCUGGUACAUGCACGUGGCAUAGAAAGAGACGGCUCUCAUCCAGUCUUUCUGUAUGGUUAUGGAGGCUUUGAGAACUCAAUUCAGCCAUAUUACAACACUGCAUACCUGCUCUUUAUUAGACACCUGGGUGGGAUCCUGGCUGUAGCUAACAUCAGAGGAGGAGGAGAGUAUGGCCAAACUUGGCACAAAGCUGGCACUCUUGGGAACAAGCAGAACUGCUUUGAUGACUUCCAGUGUGCUGCCGAGUACCUGAUCCAGGAGGGAUACACCACGGCCAGCCAGAUCGCCAUCAACGGAGCUUCCAACGGCGGCCUGCUCGUGGCGGCAUGUGUAAACCAAUGUCCCGAGCUCUUCGGCUGUGCAGUAGCUGAGGUUGGGGUCAUGGACAUGCUGAAGUUCCACAAAUUCACCAUCGGUCACGCCUGGACCACUGACUACGGCUGUGCCGAUGAUCCCGGACAGUUCAAAUGGCUCAUCAAGUACUCUCCUCUCCAUAACCUUCCUCAGACCCCUCGAGAUGGGACCCCUUACCCCGCGAUGCUACUGCUGACGGCUGAUCACGAUGACCGUGUGGUUCCCCUGCACACUCUAAAGUACGUGGCCACUCUCCAGCAUGGCGUAGGCCGCAGCCCCGGGCAAACCCAGCUGCUGCUGGUCAGAGUGGACACACGCAGUGGACAUGGAGCCGGGAAACCCACCGCUAAAGCCAUCCUGGAGGACACACACAUCUUCUCCUUUAUAGCUCAGACACUGAAACUCAGCUGGAGGGAAUGAGAGAGAAAGAGAGAGAUGCAGUAAACAGAAUUAACAAUUUAAGGAAAAGAGCACAAAUUAUCUAGUGAUUUCUAAAGAUAUUUGGCUUUAUGCAGGGACUGAGAGAGGUGAAGGGCAUUUGUGGAGUAAGUGAAUGGGGAUAUAAAACAUGGAAGGUACUGAACUGAUUUUUUUGUAGUAACUUGAUUUUUACUUUUGUUUCAGCAGAGCAAGGAUCAUUAAAGCAU